AUGUCGCUCGAACUGUAUCGUAGAUCAAGCUUAGGAAUGGCGCUGACUGAUGCCCUAGACGAGUUGGUCAUCAGUGGAGUAUUAUCGCCAACGAUCGCCAUGAAGGUGCUUAGUGAGUUCGAUAAAAGUGUGUGUAGGUCACUUCGAGCUUCGAAAGUAAAGGCGAGCGUAAAGGGUCAGCUACAUACGUAUCGCUUUUGUGGAAACGUCUGGACAUUUAUUGUCGAGAAUGCGAUCGUGAAUAUCGCAGAUGUGGACGUCCAGUCUAAGGAGGUCAGAGUGCAACUGCUCAAAGUCGUGGCUUGUGACAGUAAACUCGGAGACGUGAGCGGUAGUGUGUAG